UCGAGGUAAGCCUCUCGACCCCGCUGGUAGUGAGAAAAAUCCGGACUGGAGUAUUUGACAGACCGGUUUAUUUAGUGAAAGUCGGUUGGAGGGAAAAGACGGAAAUUAAUCGGGAGUACAGUACGUCAUUUUAAAAAUCAGGAAUCGUUCAAUUUGGAUUAUCAGAAGGUUGACGGAGAAAGUGAGCCUAGCAUAGAAUGUCUUCGUCAUUUGGCGGGCAAUCGCAUAGCUUGUGUGAUGGAGCUAAGGAUGGUUUUGUUCGAGUGAAGAAAAGAGACCUGGAAAAGUUAACCACAGAGGUCAUGCAGUUAAGAGAGUUCCUGCCCAGAGUUGUAAACAGUGAUUUGAUUAACAUGCUACACAAAUCUAGAGAAACAAAAACAGUGAAAGCACAUCUUACACAGGAACAGGAGCUUUUACAGGAGAAGUGUCUUCACCUUCAAUCCAGACUGGAGGUGUUACAAAUUGAAUGUCAGAGAGAGAGAGAGGAGAAAUUGCUGUUACAUGAGCAGCUCUGGCAGAGUAGAGCCGAGUUGCAGCAACAGGCUGACUACUGCUUCAGUCUUGGUUCUGCAGUCUGCAGCCUUCUGUGGAACUGCUCUACAAGGGAAGACAUGGUUAAACAGUGGUUAGCUGAUGGAAGCCUGCCGGCCUUUCUUGCGGUCGCCACGCAGACUCUGGGGAGCUUUGUGAGAACUCUGGAUGAGGACGUGAAGAGUCGAUCAGAGGCCUGCGACACACAGGAGUACCAGUUUGUUUUGGCGCUAGCUGGAACCAUUACUAACAUAGCGGCUGUAACCAGUGGGCGGGACUUCCUGUCUAGCUCAGCACAUGAUCUGUUGGAUACACUGAUAAAGCUGUUAGAGCUGAUGAAGCCUGGUGGAUUCUCCAAAUUGAAAGUGUUGAUGCUCAUGGGUCUUUAUAAUGCCAGUAUCAGUGUGAAGGGGCUCAAGUACAUGAUUGAGAACCCGGCGCUGCUGCCUCUUAUUCAGACUCUGCUAGAAGACAGAUCCUGGGAAGUGUGCCUCCACUCCCUGCGUCUGCUGCAGUCAGUCCUGCUGGAAGAUGUGGCGCAGUCACGGCUGGGCGCCGCUCUGCUGGACUCCGACAUCCAGAGGCGUAUUAGCGGUUUUACCUCGAGUGUUCAGCCGAGCUUGAGACUGUUAGCUCAGCAGAUCUUGGCUGACCUCCAGGUGCUCCUGCAGGUGCAGGGAUGUAAACAGGAUAAAGAGUGACAUGCCUUUCAGUCGGGGGUGGGGGUGGGGGGGGGGGGGUUGUCGUAUUUUCCUCUGUUUUGUUUUCCCCUCAUUUGUUCUUGUUUGGGAAGAGACAUUGUCCAGAGGAUUAACCAUAUAUAUGAAAAGGAAU